UAAACACAGUAUUUCUUCUCUUCCUGGUGUUUAUAAACAACACAUGUUAUCACAACAAAGGGGAUGAAGAUGUGAGCAGAGUUGAAUGCAUGUUUGCCCCAUUAUUUUAUGCAUUUGCGGCGACUGCGGCCUAUCUGCGGGUGUCAGCCUCAGGCUUUCCUCGGUCGCUUUCACCGGCUAGCUGAGGGCACGCUCAGCGAGACAUGUUCCGAGUGCUGGAAAUGUUGGGAAGCCAAGGAGUCCGAGUGAAUGGAGAGGGGGUCAGUUAAGUCCUGCCUUAUGUUGUCAGUGACAUACUGUGACAAAUAAACGUGUUGACAAAGGAGGAGCCAUGGCUUUUGAGGAGAUCAAGAAUAAAGGAGGAAUGGAUGUGGGGAUGGAUGGAGACAGAGGCCUUGUAGCUGGUCGUAGCCAGAGGGAGAAGAGGAGGUCGUACAAGGAUCUGUUAAGGGAGGAAGAGGAGAUUGCUGCUCAGGUCCGAAAGUCUUCCAAAAAACGGCCCAAGGAUUCCGAAUUGUUCAUGCUUGGAGGGGACUCGCACAAAAAGAAGAAGAAACAUAGUGAUGACUACCAUUACAGAGACCAUGAUGGUUCAGGUCCACCUCCCCACAAGAAGAAGCACAAGUCAGCCGAUCGUUCCCCUCCUCUCUCUUCCCCCUCAUCCUCCCACCCGACAGACACUGCGAUGGGCCUCCUGCAGGCCAUCACCUCUCCACUGGCCACAGGUUCGGACCCCAGCCCCCACCUGCACAAGAAGCCCUCCUACCCACCUUUCUCCUCGCACUCCUCCAAGGACCGCAAACGUGAGAGCAGCGGCGGCGGCGGCGGCGGAAGCAAAGGGAGCCACUCCUUCCCUCAUUCCCGCCCCGUGUCUUCAUCGUCGUCAUCUUCCUCCAAGAAGCACUCCUCUUCCUCAAAGUCAUCACUUUUCCACGGCGGAGCUCCCAAAGAGGAGCCCCUGACGUUACGCGAGGCUGACGGGCUGAAGAUGAAGCUCAUCAUGUCGCCAGAGAAAGAGGAAGGAGAGAGCUUCCCGUUCACGCCCCACUCGUCCAAAGGUGGCGGAAAGAAAGAGAAGGAUAGAGACCGGGUGCAGCACUCAAAGUCGCCCAAGAAGAAACUACAGCAGAGUCGAGAACCUCUGCCUGUAGUGGGGAAAGAGGUGGAAGUGGAAGGUCAUUAUGGAGGUGGCAUGGGAGACGAUAGCUCUUCAUCUGGGGCUGAACUGGAGGCCGGUGAGCUGGUUAUAGAUGAUUCAUACACACACCUGUCGAAAAAGAAGAAGAAGAGCAAAAAAAGCAAGAAGAAGAAGGACAAAGAAAAAGACAGAGAUAAGGACAAAAGUGGAAAGGACAAGAAGCACAGCAAAGGAUUUGGAGACUCAUCGCGGGUCCACAGCCACUCCCAUCCCACUGUCACUCACAGCGCCGUCGGCCCGAUGUACGCCAUGGGCACGCCCGUCCCUCCACACCACCAUCCAGGAAAUGAGGGCGUGACGGAGAAGAAGAAAAAGAAAGAGGAGAAAGAUCGGGAAAAGCACGAAAAGGAGAAAGAUAAGCCCAAGAAGAAGAACACAUCAGCAUAUCAGGUGUUUUGUAGGGAGUACAGGGUCAACAUCAAUGCUGAACAGCCAGGACUAGUCUUUGGUGAGCUAAGCAAAAAGCUGGGGGAGGUGUGGAAGGCGAUGCCAGAGAAAGACAAAUUGGUUUGGAGGCAGAAAGCUCAGUAUCUGCAGCACAAACAGAACAAAGCCGAGGCCACCACGGUCAAACACAAGAGUGCCACUGAGGGCAAAAGCAAAGUUGUAGGAACGGGAACAGGGGUGGUGUCCCCGAGCAGAGCGCCUAGCACUUUGUCCCUUUCCCCAGCACGAGUCCCAGAAGUUGACCCCAUUGAUGCAGCAGCUCACCUGCAGCUACUGGGAGAGUCCCUGUCUCUGAUUGGGCAUCGGCUACAGGAAACAGAGGGGAUGGUGGCCGUGUCCGGGAGUCUGUCCGUACUGCUGGACUCCAUCUUGUGUGCGCUGGGACCGCUGACCUGUCUCACAGCGCAGAUACCACAGUUAAACGGAUGUCCUCGAAACGUCCUGUCGAAUACGUUGGACAACAUUGCCUACAUCAUGCCAGGGCUGUGAGGAAAGGAUAAUAAUCGAAGUGGAGUAUUUUUGCGUCAGACGUCAACAGAUUCGACUGGAGUGUUCCUUAAUAGGAGUGACUCAGACUUUAAUUUAAGCGCCACUUGCUUGGCAUCCGAAAAUGUGGGAUAUUUCUAGCCUCAACGUGUUUUUACAGUGUAUUUUAAAAAAAAAACCUUAUUCUUUUAAUUUUCUAAUUAUAUUUUUUAAAUCAAACAUUUUACUGAACACAUUGAUCUUUCUUGGCAUGUCAGCUUAGUUUUAUUGUUACUGUACAGUGUGCUGUUGUGUGAAUGAGUGAGCACUUGUAUGUUCUGUAUGUGUGAAUUACUUAAGCUGUUAACUGGGUUUGACUUUUAAGCGUCCUGUACGUCUGUUUCUGUAUACAUCUUUGAUUUUUACCGAAAUGUCAAGGAACAUGCAAGUCAUUUGUUCAUCAUCAACGUAAUAUAUUUGACAGCUGCUUAGUUUUUCUUUUACCGUGUAAAAAGGGCUGUCAUGCCUCGCUGUUUUAUACAUUUGAUAUUUUACUGUGCAUACAGCACAUUUAGAUUUUGACUGAUCUGUAGAAAAGUGAUAGAAAACACCUUUAGGUAAAACCUUGUUUUAAUCAGGAGCUGUUCAAACAAAUCACUGUCAGGCAUUUAAUGAAAUGGCAACAUUAAAACUGUUCCCAAAUUCA